UUCGCCGCCGUGCCGCGGUCACCCAGCCGGUUCCGUCACUCGCGGACCGCCUCCAGAGACGGAGGGCGGUCCCGGGGCGGACGCUUCUCGGCCCAAAGUCCCUUCACGAUACUACUUUAAGCUGCUUCGCCCUCGUAUUCUAGAACAUACUGACUGACGAGAGUAAAAGAGGUCGGUCAGAACCACCAAGUGAAGUGGCGAGGGACUCGGCGGUCAGUCCUGCCGCCCCUGAACAGCGCAGAGGCCGAGGGAACCUCAGCUAGACCCCCAGCAGUCCCCACUGACUGGAGCCUCUGCCACGAUCCCAGGGCGGAUGUCCCGGAGAUGACGACGACUGUGUGAUUCAGCCCUUCUACGUGGUGAUGAAUGCAAGGGUUACCUGGCAGCCCCACCCUGCAGACUCCUCUGAGCUCAUCAGCUCAGCACCAGACGGCUCUUCGUCUCUCCUCUCCGUUCCCUCGGGCUCCUGGGACGACCCCCCCACCUACCCGACGCACCCGAGUCACUCCUAUCCGGGCUGCAGGAUGGAAGCCCUGGCCCUCUACACGUUCCAGGCCACGGAGAGCGACGAGCUCAGCUUCCAGAAGGGGGACGUGCUGAAGAUCUUGAACAUGGAGGACGAUCCCAACUGGUUCACUGCUGAGCUCAUGGGCAGAAAGGGCUACGUGCCCAAGAACUACAUCAACGUGCGACCGCACCCGUGGUUCGCGGGACGCAUCUCCAGGUCGGUGGCAGAAGAACGGCUGCGCACGCAGUUGCGCGGCUCCUUCCUCGUGAGGGAAAGCGAGAGCGCCCCCGGGGAGUUCUCCAUAUCCGUCAGAAACCCAGGCAUGCGCACGCCCUGCACGACUUCAAUGACCCGCACGUCUCUCACUUCCACUUCCUGCGCGGCGACGUCAUUGACCUGCUGGACUGCUCCGAUUCGCAGCGGUGGAAAGGUCGCUGCCACGGCCGCGUGGGAUACUUCCCUCCCGAGUACGUUUAUCCCAUCUACCCGUGACUGCGCCCUCAACCUCGGCAGGACGGGGAGCCUUCCUGCGGAGAUGGACCUGCUGACCGAGCGUCCCACACUACAAUGGACUCUGCAGACUCCUGCAGCUCCUCACAGAAGAAGCGGUUUCCUCUUUCUGGAAACUCACCGGACCUCUCUGAGGAGCUCGAGCUCUCGCAAACACUAAAGACGCCCCUGUGGUCCGGGCUCAGAACCGAGGACCGAUCGCAGCCGUUAAUCAUAACUUGAGACGCGUUCUGGCUCAUGCACGUAAACAAGCCCCAGAGAGACCCUCCCUGCGCACCACCGGGUCUGGAGACCCUGCGGCACGGUGCUCCGCAGCAAUGGUUCCCAAACUGUUGUGGUGGCGACCACAAACGCUGGUACACCGUUGUGUUUCUUCACGUAAUUUUAUCACGCCUCCAAAGACGAAACGAAAAACAACCUCUAUAACGUGACCGUGAGCCAUUGUAACGCAACCUCAGACUUUCUCGGCGGCUGCGGUCGAGCUCCUCUACGUCUGCUUUUGGAGCGCGGCACGGCUCCUCUUUUCACUAUGUAACGCAUCAUACGAAUGUGCAG